UGGUGAUUGGUUCUCGUAAACAUGUCGUAGUGGCUAGUGUUCCACCGUGUACAUGAGACACGAGGUGAAACCGCGAUUGGUGAAAACUGGAUGAACAAGGUGGCGCCACGUACAACUACCACUAAAACCGCCAUCUGCUCCUCCUUCCUUAUUUUGAGUUCAAAACACUCGAUUCUUUGGGGAAAACGUAGGUGAAUUCAAACAAUUCGAUGGCGUUUAGGGCAGUAGCAGGUUCUAUCGGAAGGCGACAAUUGACGCCUGCGAAUUUGUAUCUACGGCCAUUUGUGGUUUCUGCUUCAAAUCAUCGUCAUCGAUCCAUCUCUUACCCUCUUUCUCCAACUGUAUUCCGAUUUUCUGUUCGAGCAAUACAAGAGGCAACAACAAAUCCUAUAACUCCAACGAAAGGGGAAAAUGGAGAUCAAAUGCAAUCUCCCCCAAAGUGGAAGGUUAAAAUGCUUUAUGAUGGUGAUUGUCCACUUUGCAUGCGUGAGGUUAACAUUCUAAAGGAAAGGAAUAAGAACUACAAAGCAAUCAACUUUGUUGAUAUAAGUUCAGACGAUUAUUCACCAGAGGAUAAUCAAGGCCUAGACUAUGAAACUGCUAUGGGAAAGAUUCAUGCAAUCAUGUCUGAUGGAACUGUAAUCACUAAUGUUGAGGCGUUCAGGAAGUUAUAUGAGGCAGUUGAUCUUGGAUGGGUUUAUGCAAUUACCAAAUACGAGCCUGUGGCAACAAUAGCCGAUGCUGUUUAUGGUGUUUGGGCUAAAUAUCGUCUUCAAGUCACAGGUCGACCACCUUUAGAAGAAGUUUUGGAGGCUAGAAAGAAAAAGGAUGAAAUAUGCAAUGACAGCAAGAGUUGUAGGAUGUAAUAAUUGAUGCAAGAUUUCAUGUCCGUCUAUUUUAAAGGCAUGACACAGAGAUGUUGUACUAUACAAUAGCAACUUGAUGCAAUAAUAACUGAAUAUAUAUACAUGUAAGAAUUGUGAUUUGCUUACAAUGACAAAAGCAUCAAUAACCAAAUAUAUGCUACAAACAUAAGAGUUAAAAAAAGAAUGGUACAACUGUACAUGAGAUUCAUUAGGCAGCAAUGGAAAAACAAUCUUGAAUUGUGUGAUUAAUGAUCACAUACCAUUUUAACAACACCUCUGCUUUUUGAGAGCUUGAAUCCCUUCUGUAAGACUAAUAAUCCUUUCCCUUACGGAAUUCCGCCUAAGCAAUUUGGACACUUUUGUCCAUCUUGUCCGGGCACGUUCAAUAGUACAGAUGGAAACAGUCUGAGUAGUCACCAUCAUAACAUCGGAGUUGGAAUUGAAAUUCAAAGAAUCAUGGUUUAGAAAGUCGUGUAUAUUUUCAAGGAAAUUUGGGUCAUUGAACAAACAGUCCAUACACUGACCAAGGACAGUUGAAUUGUUCAUAUGCUCACACGUAUGCACUGGUGACUCAACAUCCUGAAAAGAGGUACCUGGCUCUGUAGGAUUAUGGGCAUGCUGUUCAGUGAUUGGACUUUCUAAAGCUGACAUAUCUUCUUCAUGGUAGUUCCCUGAAUAUGUCAUCUCAUUAUCAACAUGGACUAUUCCUUUCCCCCGUUCAUAUUCAGAGGCUACUAGUGAGUUUGACUUAUUAGAAUUGUCUGUGAGACCAUUUCUUGGUGGUCCAUCAAUCACAUUGGAAGUCCCCAAACUUUGGUUGGGAGAUGGUAAUGAUAAUGAGCACAAAAUAAGAUGUUCCUUAAGACAAGUUUCAUCUUCGAAAGAGUGGAGCAUCUUAAAGUGUUUAGAUGCAAACACCACUAACUCUUUAUUGUCCACCUGUCAAUAGAGAUUAAAGAGUGAAUAUUGUCAUUUACACAGAAAAGAAAAGAAAUAGGCAAACACUUGGUUCAUACGGACAUCAUUUAACCAUUCAGCACUUAAUCCAAAAACAAUAGAGGCCCCAACUUACCUUUUUUUUGGCAGUUAGCUGGUCAACUGGUACGUACUUAUGAGGUUCUUCUAUUAAUCCCUUUAAUUGAAGUUUGGCAUUAAGAACUACACCAGUUUUCCCUUGUGUACUUGGAUCAAGGUACAAAAACAUCCCAUUGGACGCCUGAGCAUUUUUUACAAUGUCAUUCCAGAUGUUAGAAGAAGCUCUAAGGAUGAGACUCAACUGAACUGGACUGGACUGAACAAGCUUUCUAGGGUAUUUCCGAUGAGGAUGACGAGGAGGGAGGGCAUUCACGUCUUUUGCACGGACGAGAGAUCUGUCCCACCUUUUUUUGGUGGAACAACAAUUGCAACUUUUGUGCCGUUGACAUUAAUUGCAAUU